AAAUAUUCUGUUUAAUUUCCUUAAUCAUCGUCAUCUUCCUCUCUGUGCACGAUCGAAACCCUAGCAAUUCCAAUUUCGUUUCCUGAGAUCGAAUCCUCACCUCUUUAUGGCGUAACUCCACUCCAAUUUCAUCAAUUUAGCCUUUUUUUUCAUGGAAACAAUGUCAACGGAAACUACAACGAACUCGUCAUCCUUCGAUCCGGCACCAUUGCUUUCGAGCGGCGAUGAAAACGAGGGAAGCAGCAACAACGGCGGGGAAAGGAGAUCCGCGAGGAGACAGGGGCUGAGGGAAGCGGCUAUGUUUCUAAGCCGCGCGAGCAGCGGAGGACGAGCGAUGCGGGAGCCGUCUAUGCUCGUGAGGGAGGCUGCGGCGGAGCAGCUCGAGGAGAGACAGAGCGAUUGGGCCUACUCGAAGCCCGUCGUGGUGCUCGACAUCGUGUGGAACUUGGCCUUUGUCUCGGUGGCUGCUGCUGUUCUUGUGAUGAGCAGGAAUGAGAAUCCGAUAAUGCCGCUUAGGGUUUGGCUCUUGGGGUAUGCGCUGCAAUGCGUGUUGCAUAUGGUUUGUGUGGGGAUUGAGUAUCGGAGGAGGAAUAGGGUGAGAAGCAAUAGGACUCCUCGGUCACGUUCUUCUUCGUCCUCUUCCUCUAUGGAGGAAGAUGGUUUGGGUUCGAGGAGGAGUUCACAUGAGCAGCUGGAGAGCGAAAGCAGCAGUGUGGCGAAACAUCUAGAAUCUGCCAACACCAUGUUUUCGUUUAUAUGGUGGAUCAUUGGGUUCUACUGGGUAUCUGUUGGUGGCCAAGAUUUAGCACAAGAAUCUCCGCGGAUUUACUGGUUGUCUAUUGUCUUCCUUGGUUUCGAUGUGUUCUUCGUUGUCUUCUGUGUUGCGUUGGCCUGCGUUAUUGGCAUUGCUGUUUGCUGUUGCCUGCCAUGCAUCAUUGCAGUUUUAUACGCUGUUGCAGAUCAGGAAGGGGCUUCGAAAGAAGACAUUGAACAGCUCACCAAAUUCAAGUUUCGGAAAGUCGGUGAUGUUAACAAACACGCGGGUGAUGAGGCUCAAGGAAACGCCGAUGGGAUAAUGACCGAGUGUGGUACAGAUUCACCCGUUGAACAUACACUUCUCCAGGAGGAUGCAGAAUGUUGCAUCUGUCUAUCUGCUUAUGAAGACGGAACAGAACUAAGAGAGCUUCCUUGUGGUCACCAUUUCCACUGCUCAUGCGUAGACAAAUGGUUAUACAUAAAUGCGACUUGCCCACUCUGCAAAUACAACAUCCUCAAGAGUAGCAACUUGGACCAUGAGGAAGUUUAGAUGAAACAGCUUUGGUUAUUCGUGACCCCACACAACAUUUGAUCAAAGGAACUUGGGGGAUCCAAAGGUAAAAACACGACAAAUGUUAUUAGAUAUGAUGCAUUGUUUAUUUGUUUGUGAUAUGAUAUGAUAUAUAUAUACAAAUUUAUUGUACUUUUGUCUGUCUUUUAUAAUUUGGUUUGGAAAGGAAUUAGGUUUCUGUAAAUCUUAUGUCUAUCAUCUUUCACUGGUAACCUCUGUCUUUUGGUAUUA